AUGAGCAGCAGCAGCGAGUCCGAGGGAGGCCCCCAGGCCGCCUCGGGGGCCCCCCUGGGGGGCCCCCAGCUCGGGGGCCCCCCGGGGGGCCCCCCGGGGGGCCCCCCGGGGGCCCCCCCGGGGGGCCCCUUUGAGGCCUGCCUCGCAGGGGGCCCCCUGCAAGCAGCAGCAAGAAGCUACAGAGCAGCAAGAGCUGCUAGGGCGCGGCGGCGGCAGCAGCAGCAGCGGCAGCUGCUGGCCAUUGGGGUUUUGUUUGCUGCUGCUGCUGCUUCCUUCUUUUCGAGGAGACAGGGGGCCCCCGCUGCUGCUGCUGCUGCGGGGGGCGCGGGGGCCCCCCCCUCAGUGCUGCUGCUGCUGCAGCAGGGACAAGCAGCAGCAGCAGCAGCAGCACUUUGGGCUGCCUUCAAAGACUUUGCUGCUUCUGCUGCAGCAAAAAAGCUGCUGCUGCCGCUCUUCUUCGCAGUUGUGCUGCGCGUGGCCUCCAGGAAGCUAAUCCACUCCAUGGAGAGCCCCGCCCGCUGCCGCCAGCAGCAGCAGCAGCAGCAGCAGCAGCAGCAGCAGCAGCAGCAGCAGCAGCAGCAGCAGCAGCAGCAGCAGCAGCGGCGGCGGAGUUCCGCCGGCGCUGCUGCUGCUGCUGAGGGCAGCUCCGUCGUGCCCGCCGCAGCUUCCGCCCCAGCAGGGACUGGAUCUGCAGCAGCAGCAGCAGCAGCAGCAGCAGCAGCAGCAGCAGCAGCAGCAGGGGGCCCCCAGGGGCUGCGGGGGCCCCCCUUGACCCUUUCUUACGAAUGGCCCCGAAGACUGCAGCACAGUUUCGCAGCAGCAGUUUGUGUCUUGCUGCUGUCCAUCGGGGACCCUGCUGCUGGCGUCUGCCGCAGCAGGUGCCGCAGGCGCCGGGCUGCUGCUGCUGCUGCUGCAGCAGCAGCAGCAGCUGCUGCUGCUGCUGCUGCUGCUCUCAAAGACCCGCUCGAAGACGCAGACAGCAAACAGGAAGACGCGACAGACACUUCGCCCAGCAGCAGCCCCACCGCUGCUGCUAAACGCAGCAGCAGCAGCAGCAGCAAUAGCAGCAGCAGCAGCAGCAGCAGCAGCAGCAGCUACUGCUGCUGCCAGGGCAAUGACACUGGGAAGAAAUGCUGGAGAGGAUUUGUGGGGUGUGUGCUGGUUUGUGCUGCUGCUGUUGUGCUGCUGGCGGUGGCCCUCGCGUGGCUUUCGCAGCAAGCUGCUGCUCCUGCUGCAGCCUCCCCAGCAGCAGCAGCAGCAGCAGCAGCACGAAGAGCAGCAGCAGACAACCCUGUGCUGCGCGCAGCCUUCAGCAGCAGCGGAGUGCCCUACCCGUGGCCCUCCUUUGUUCCCGAAGACGCAGCAGCAGCAGCAGCGGGAGACGCAGCAGCAGCAGCAGCAGCAGCGGGAGACGCAGCAGCAGCAGCAGCAGCAGCAGCAGCAGCAGCAGACUACCCCGGCAGGCGGCUGCUGCAGGGCGAGGCGGGCUCGUGGGGCUGUUUGCUGCUGCUGUCGCUGCUGCUGGGCCUUGCUGCUGCAGCAGCAGAAGCAGCAGCUUUGGAAAGCUUCGAUGACAACUUUAUAAUUCCUGCUGCAUGCGCUGCCAGCAUUUGCUGCUGCUGCGGGGUGUACGUACACCGCAGCGGCCUCGCAGGGGCCCUUCUGCUGCCGCAGCAGCUCCAAACCCUCAGCAGCACUCAAGAGCUCACUUUGCUGCUCUUUGCUCUUUAG